UCCCCAGUAACUGACAGACUAGUGGCCUCAUUCAUCUCUCAGUAACUGGGGAAAAGCCUCUGGCAGACUAGUGGCCUCAUUCAUCUCUCAGUUACUGGGGAAAAGCCUCUGGCACCUAGUGGCCUCAUUCAUCUCUCAGUUACUGGGGAAAAGCCUCUGGCAGACUAGUGGCCUCAUUCAUCUCUCAGUUACUGGGGAAAAGCCUCUGGCACCUAGUGGCCUCAUUCAUCUCUCAGUUACUGGGGAAAAGCCUCUGACAGACUAGUGGCCUCAUUCAUCUCUCAGUUACUGGGGAAAAGCCUCUGGCAGGCUAGUGGCCUCAUUCAUCUCUCAGUUACUGGGGAAAAGCCUCUGGCAGACUAGUGGCCUCAUUCAUCUCUCAGUUACUGGGGAAAAGCCUCUGAGAGACUAGUGGCCUCAUUCAUCUCUCAGUUACUGGGGAAAAGCCUCUGGCAGACUAGUGGCCUCAUUCAUCUUUCAGUUACUGGGGAAAAGCCUCUGGCAGACUAGUGGCCUCAUUCAUCUCUCAGUUACUGGGGAAAAGCCUCUGGCAGACUAGUGGCCUCAUUCAUCUCUCAGUUACUGGGGAAAAGCCAGUGCAUCCCCUUUCCUCCAGCGUCACUAUCAUUUCAGGAUGGAGUUCAUUACUCUGAUCUUCUCAGUAUUUGAUGCAAUGGAUGCAACGGGCAGUUAGAAGAAGAAGAAUACAGGCCAGCUGAGGUGUCGCCAUGUCCUCUUUAAGUAACCUGGAGAGCUCAGAGGAGCUGACAGGAGAGGAGUGUGUCAGCUUCUGCCUGUCCAGCAUGCCUGAUAUCAAGGUGGAGCAUGUGAUGGACUCAAACCCUGAGGAAGGCUCAGCCCAGAAUGUAGCCAUGGGAAUGAAAUUUAUUUUGCCAAACAGAUUUGAUAUGAACGUGUGCUCUCGCUUUGUAAAGUCUCUGAACGAAGAAGAAAGCAAAAAUAUACAGGACCAGGUUAACUCUGACCUGGAAGUGGCAUCUGUCCUUUUUAAAGCUGAAUGCAAUAUCCAUACGUCUCCCUCGCCUGGAAUCCAGGUUCGACAUGUCUACACACCCUCUACAACGAAACAUUUCUCUCCAAUCAAACAGUCAACCACUCUUACAAAUAAACACCGGGGCAAUGAGGUAUCCACAACCCCCCUGCUGGUGAACUCUCUGUCUGUUCACCAGCUGGCUGCCCAAGGAGAAAUGGUUUAUUUGGCCAGCCGUCUGGAACAGGAAAAUGUGGUCAACCUUACUGAUGAAGAAGGUUUCACACCUCUCAUGUGGGCUGCAGCACAUGGGCAGAUAGCUGUGGUAGAGUUUCUUCUCCAGAAUGGAGCAGAUCCUCAGGUCCUUGGAAAAGGUCGGGAAAGUGCGUUAUCGUUGGCCUGCAGCAAAGGUUAUACGGAUAUUGUCAAAAUGCUUGUAGAGUGUGGUGUGGAUGUCAAUGAAUAUGACUGGAAUGGAGGCACUCCUCUGCUCUAUGCAGUUCAUGGAAAUCAUGUGAAGUGUGUGAAGAUCCUCUUGGAAAAUGGUGCAGACCCAACUAUCGAAACAGACUCUGGGUAUAAUUCCAUGGACUUGUCUGUAGCUCUUGGCCAUAGAAGUGUUCAGCAAGUAAUUGAGACUCAUCUGUUGCAACUUCUUCAAAGUAUCAAAGAAUAAGUGAACCUAGUUUUUAACAGAAGAUGUGAAUAGUCCAUGUGUUAUCCUGCUCAACCUGCCGGUAGUUUUUAUGACUUUUAGUUUCAGUGGGGUUUCUAUACUAACAAUGUGCAAUAACUAAAAAAAUUAUAAAAAUGCACAUAGUAGAUUAAGUGGUCUCUACAGCGCAAUAUGGGUUUUUUAUCCUGUGGACUGGUUCUCUUAUUAUCAGAGGAUGCACAGAACAAGAAUCGCUGCUUUUAAAGGUAAAGUUGUUAUAAGGUUCAUGAUUCCAUGCAUAUACCACUAUAAUACAUGGGAGACAUGAUGAAACCUGUAAAAUGUAUAUAUCCCUAAAAACAGUAUUUAUAGGACCAGGAAAGCACAAUGGGUAUCCUGCUCCCCCAAUGUCUUGACUUUCCUUUUACUUUAGUUAUGCCAUUACUUGCUUAAUGACUCAUUGAAAACUUGUAUAUUGUUAAAAAAAAAAAUAAUAAUAAUAAUAUACUGCAUUUAGAUCUUGGAAGUCACCUCUGGGUUUUAUGACCUGUUUGGAAGCACUCGUCCAGGACUACUUAUAUCCUGAUAUUUUAUAAUAAUAUUAAUCAAUCUGUAUAUAUAUGAUAUGGUUACUAUUAAAGAUGGUUUUAAGAAAUAAUAUAGCAAAAAUAUUCACAUUUUUAUUAUUAUAGAGUGUAGCCCAAACAUGUGCACCAGAACCCCUGCAUUGCUGUCCAUGUGAAUUCAGUUGUUCCCUGAAAACUAUUAAAGGGGUAGUUUAUCUUUAAAUUAAAUUUUAGUGUGAUGUAGACCAGUGCUACCCAACUUAUUACAUGUUGUAGGCCUGUUGUAUCAUAUACAGCAUGUUGGGCCAGAUUAAAUUAAAAUGUUAUAUAGUGAAGUCUAUAGAGCCUCUGAGCAGAAUUGGGCCAUAACAAUUGUUUGGUUGCCUCCAAUUGGACAUCCCUGAUAUAGAUAGUGAUAUUUGCCGUUGGUCUUAAUUUUUUUUUUUUUUUUACAUAUUUCACUUUUUUAGCAGCUGUCCAUUUUGAGGAUUUUAGCAGCUAUCUGGUUACUAGGGUUUAUGUUACCCUAGCAACUAGGCAACAGUGUUAAUAAUAGACUUAAAAAUAAAUAGUAGAGGGCCUGAAUAGAAAGAUAAGUAAUAAAAAGUAAAAAAAAUAUAGACUCACAGAGCAAUAGUUUUACUGCUGGGGUCAAUGACCCCCUUCUGAAAAGCUGGAAAGAGGCAGAACAGCUAGACAAAUGAUUAACUAAUUUAAAAACUAUAAAAAAUUAAGACCAAUGGAAAAGUUUCUAUGAAUAGGCUGUUCUAUGACAUAAUAAAAGUUAACUUAAAGGUAAACCACCCAUUUAACUGCUGCAUUUUUAGGCAUUUCUAGGGCAAUUCAUAUGCAAGGCAAGAGGGAGAGAUUAGGGGCACCUCUGAGCUAAUAAAGACGUGACUGCACGUGUGCCAGUGCCCUAAAUAUCCCACAGAUCAAACCUUUCUGUUUGACUCUUAGAUUUUUAAAGGAACAAAGACUUGUUUGAGCCAUGAUCACCUUCUGUUUGAGUGAGACUUAUUGUGUUUACAGAGCAUUCGCUGGUCUCUAAUGGCAUUGCAUUAUAAAAUGAGAGCAGAUGAGUGAUGUCGAAAGGAAGGAAAGAAUUGUGUUUGUGACCAUGAAAGUUAAAAAAAAAAGUGAAGUUGGAGUAAUCAGCAAUAAUUUUACAGCUUAUAUAUAGGCCCGAUAAUGUGAUAUCUUCUAGUGUUCUAGUUGAACUGUGCUGGCCUACAGCUAUAAGGAGGAGGUAGCGAAAUAUCUACAUGUAUCAAGCACUAAUAUUUGAUAUAGACAUAACUGAUCAUUUGUUUUGCUCCGGGGCUGCCAUGGGCUUCAGUUAGCACUGUACCCUGGGCAGCAACCAGGCCCCCUGAUAGCCUAUACCCACAUGAAUUGCAAAAGUGCUCAGAAGAGCAAUUGAUCAAUUUUACAUCAUUUUUAUCAUCACUUUUUUAGAUUUUAUUAUAUUAGCAGCUUUUACAGUCCUUCUAUCAUGGAUUUGUUACAGGGGCAUGUGAGAAUGCCUUCAGCGAAGUUUGUGCUGGGUUCAUGACAAGUCACUCUUUAUGCAGCUGUCUAGAGACCUGCCGACUGACCAGUGUCAGUGGUAACAAAGUCAUUGUACUGCUUACACUGCUUUUUUUAUUUUUUUGAUAUAUAUGGAUAGUGCUCCCCAGGUCCAAGGCAUGGCAUGGGCAUUCAUUGUUUAAGACUGUCAGUGUAAUUAUUAUAAGCCACAUGUAUGGCACCCCUAAUUUAUACUGAGCCACAUCCUUGCACCUUCCUGAGUUAAAAUGUGUAAGAUAAUAAUUAAUGUAAUAAUAAGAUGUAAUACUGUUGUCAGUAUUUAUUUGUAUCUAGAAAAAGGGUAACUUGAAAUGAAACAACCAUUGCACUUUGGGUACCCGAGAUCUGUAUUUAUAAUUAGUAGCAUAUUGCGCUCACUAACCCUGCUAACACUAGAGAGAGUGAGGGGUCUGAAAGGGAUAGUUCACCUUUGACUUAAACUUUUAAAGCAGGUAACGCAAUACAAGUCACAACGUUUACAUUUAGUAACCCAUGGCCACCAAUCAGAAAGGGGCAUCUAUUGGUCACCUUUUUGAAAGCAGGUUGGUUACACCCCCUGGUGUAAACAUUGCAACAUUUAUUACCCCAUUAGUAAUCGGGCUUUAGGAUCAUUCUUAACUGCCCCUUGGCAGCGCAAUGAAGUCCUGGCAACCAUGUGGCAGCUUACAUUCCAAGCCUUAGAGCUGCAGAACAUAAGGCAUCAUUCAGACGUCAUAAAAAACUGACACAGAAUAUUACUGUUGCAAAAAGUUUGUUUCAAGGUGAUUUAACCAAUUAAAUGAUCUGUGUUUAGGCCUCCUCUAAUAACUGCUAACAUACUGUGUUAUUGUAAUGAUAAUUAUGCAGAAAUGCAAUUAUGUAUUGUGGUACCCUGUUCUCUUGUGUAACUGUCUUUCUGCCUGUGUAAGUGUAAAUAUGAUACAUGUAUGUCAGUGUGUGCUUAGUGCGAUCUGGCACACAUCUCUCCUAUUUGGUUCAUUUAAAUAGGGUGCUAUCACCCCUGCUUUGUUUUGUAUCCAUUGCAGCCUAUGCACAGUGUCUGUACCAAUAAACUACUAUUGUGUUA